GCGGCCUCAUCCCCCGUCUCCCCAGUGUGUGUCCCGCCCGGGCGCGGAUGAGGCGUUCAACACUGCCGGAAGGCCGAGGCUGGAUUUAUGUGCCAGACCACAGCAUCGAACAACCACAGUUGGCAGGCCUCUAUCCUUGUUGAUGUGUCUGUCCCCCCGGCCUCGCUGAGAUAAGGUUAUUCAAAAUGGUCGACACCCGUGUCACUUACCGCCGUCGCCUGUCCUACAACACCACCUCCAACCAGGUCCGCAAGGUCCGCACCCCUGGUGGUCGUUACACCGUUCACUACAUCACCAAGCGCGGUAAGGUCCCCAGCUGCGGUGACUGCGGUUGCAAGCUGAUCGGCCUGCCUGCCUCUCGCCCGUUCGCUCUUUCUCGUCUGUCCAAGACCCAGAAGACCGUUUCUCGCUCUUACGGUGGCUCUCGCUGCGGUGGCUGCGUCCGCGACCGCAUCGUCCGCGCUUUCCUCCUCGAGGAGCAGAAGCUCGUCAAGAACCUUGCCAAGCAGCACGCCGCUGCCUCCAAGGCCGCUGAGAAGAAGGGCAAGAACUAAGAUGCUUGUAAAGUGUCCGGUUUUCUCGAUUCAAAACAUGUUUUCAUGUCCCACCUUGCUGUGAGAGAUGUUGUCCUCCAUACACACCACCCUUCUCCC